AUGUCGACAUUGCAGUUACAAGAUUCGCCAAGUUCAGGCGAUGCAAGAGCAUUAUGCCAAGUCUCACGACUAGAUCGGGAAGCCAGAUAUCGAGAAGCUUUAAGUCAACCACAAGCAGCUGUCAAUGACACAGGCACCGAUACGUUUGCCGCUACAAGUUUAUGGUUAGAUAGAACACAAUGGCCUUCUAUCUACCGAGGGUCCCGACGAGACGUCCUGCGAGCGUUGAUCAGACUACCCAAUCGCCCCUCUCUCAACGCAGACUACACCUUGGGACAAGGCAAUUCAGAAGGCGCGCCGAACCUCGUAAGCCUACGAGAGGAUGCACAGAAGAUCUUAUGCAUUAUGAGAGCACUUGACUUAGUAAUAGACCGUUGUGAGGAGACGAGCUAUCAGGAGAUCGCUUUUAACCUUAUAGUAGAGAGGAAAACGAUAAAUGUGAAGAUAAAGCCUGAGAUCUCCGCACAACUAGAUCAGAUUUGGGAGCACAACAUUUGGAACUAUAUCGAUGUGUCGAAGGGAAUUUGGCUGGCAGUGGAAAGACAAGAAACUUGUCAGGGAUCAGAUGGGAAAGAAGAUGCUGAGGACGAUGAGAUAGAUGAUGAGAAUGUUGAAGCUUGGGAACUUGAGGAUGACGAGGACGAUGAGAGCGACUAUGAUGAUUCUGGAUAUUACAACGAUGUUGAGGAGUGCGCGGCUGGAGCCCAUCAGGAUCCAUUCUCAAGGGUAUCGGGGGACUCUGCUGCAUCUGCAGUCGGACAAUUCCUCGAACUCUUGUUCCAGCUAUGUAUCAUGCUCAGUACUGAACCUUUUCUUGACGGGCAACUAAGUUCUAUGCUGCUUAUAUAUUUUAGCGGUAUUCUUGGAUUCUCCGCUGAUUGUCAAAAGUUUCAGCUCGCGCGACAGUAUUGCUCAAAACUCUCAGCGAUGAUGCAUUUCGAGUGUUUCGAUAAAGUCCGAGCCAAGAUGGAGGAGCAGCUUGCUGGCGGUCUUUAUACUGCAUGUGGCCAGACACUACGAAUUAGUGAGCUUCUUAGUCUUGAGUAUGAGAAUGGUCCGAACAUAAGCUGCGGGAUAUAUGCACUUGGUCACGUUCUGUUUAAGUAUCUGGUCUAUGUUCGACAUGUGGCUGAUCUACUACGUCGCGAGCAGCUCGGUGCCGAUAGAAGCGCCUAG